GUUCUUACAUCUCUAUGCUGCAACCACUCGUGAUUAAAAAUCACCUUAGGUCGCCCGGUGUAUUCGUGUGAUAAUUGUGAUGUAGGCUUGUGAUGUAGGUUCACGAUGUACGACGAAUAUCAACAUGCCGCGUUUUCCCGCAUACAAUACCAUUUCAGAUAAAUAAAAUGUGAAAACACUUUAGGACGAACCGGCGGCUAUCGAGCGUGAAGAUGGCUCGCUGGUCGACGGUACUGUCCGGAGUAUUCCUGGCAUUGUCGAUGAUUCUUUCUCUUGGUAAGCUACUCUUGCUGGCAGCGGGUACUGGCAAUAAUGGCGAAAUUACCGAGGUGGAUCAAUGGCUAACAGACAAUGGGCUUAAGCAGUACAGAUCGCUCUUCAAAAAAAAAGGUAUCUCAAGUCUCGCGAACUGCGCAGAAGUUGAGGCACUGCCAGAGCUACCUCACCAUGAUUGGGAACGUCUUCAGCGUGCAGCGCGUCUUUUGCAACAACGUCUUAUCUUACACCAAUGGCUUACAGAGCAUGGACUUCAUAAUCAUUAUCAGAAAUUAGUUCAGAUGGAAGUUAUUUCCUUGGAAGACGUUUACUGGGUUGAAGAUCAUGCUGCACAAGCUGUGCUUGGUAAGGAACUAUCGAAAUGGACUCGAGCUCGUCAAGAACUUCCAACGUCUAAGGAAGACUUGGCAGUUUUAAAGGCAGAUCUUUGGAGUUCUGUAGUAAAGAAUAGUCAACAUCAAGAUGCCUGGACUUGGGGCGGAAUGCUGGUGGUUUCCGUCUCAGUCGCAGGCUUAGUAACAUUAGCAGCUAUGACGCAGCCUGCUUUAGCUCCAGAAGCAAAACAUUCCCUCUUGCAAUAUGUUACUGGGAAAUACCUGCUCCCCAGCAAUUGCCGUGUCCAUUUUCAAUGGGAGGAACCACAGCUUGUCGGAGAAACCAUGACAUUCACAGUCAAAUUUUAUCAGCGUAAUGGACAGCCAUAUCCAAUAUGCGACAAAGAUAAUUUGAUUGUGGAGGUUACGGAGGGUGCACGAAGAGUGGCGACACUGAUAGAUUUGGGUGGAACUGAUCCGCAGGCUGCCAAUGCUGCAGUGGUGAAAUUCACAGUGAGACAUGCUGGCCAAUAUCGUAUCGCAGUGCUUAUCGGCUCUUGUCAUGUGCACGGCAGUCCUUUUGUUAAAAAUUUUCUCCCAGGGCCACCUGACGCCAAUAAAACUGUUUUUGUUCGUCAAAGUUCGACGGUUGUUUGCACAUCCGGUGUGGCUCAUUCAAUGGCUAUUGAACCUCGGGACGAAUACGAUAAUCUUUGCAUAUUUAAUAAUACAGAUAAUCCUACGGUUGGAUAUCACAUCGCAAUUAGUCAGAUUGGUAGUGUAGUGGAGGAGGGGUCCGUUGUCGAUUGCAACGUCCAACUCGAAUACGAUUGUCCAAAUCAGCGGAUUUGUUUGCGCGUUAGUUUCCCAAAGGAGGGAUGUUAUCAUGCCACUGUCAGCUUAGCCGGCCUACAACUCCACAAUGGAGACUUUGACAUUAUAGUUCUAAGCAGCAGUGAUGCAACGUUAGUUCAUAAGAAUGUCGCUUCAAAAAAUCCUCACAUUUGCUAUGAAGCAAAGUUAAUGGGGAUGCAAGGCGAACAUUAUUCAAAGCCUAGGAAAGUUUUCUGUUACGUUUCUCCCAAACAGUUGACCAUUAAAGAGUAUCUCCUGAAAUUCAUUCCAAAGCGCCUCGUUACCUUCAGGCUUUGCCCUUCGACUAAGUUUCAUUUUGAAACGUCAAAUAAUCAGUAUUUGGGAUACGACGCUUUCUCGAUUGACGAUGGUUGUCAACCACCGGUAGAAUUGAUAUCUCGUUGUCGUAAUGUAAUCGCUGCAACGUUUACGCAAUUUUUACUAAAGAAUAUCGGCGGGAGUGAAACGUUCAAAGACAAACAAGAUUUCUUUUACCACGAAGUUCGUAAACAUCAUCAGAAACAUUAUCAUGAAAAAUUAUCAAUGAAAGUGCAACGAGAUAAACUGCUCGAGUCUUCUAUGAAAGCUACUAAAGGAUUUUCUGUAAGUGACUGGUGCAGAAAUUUUGAAAUCACAUUUCAGGGCGAACAAGGUGUGGAUUGGGGAGGAGUUCGACGAGAGUGGUUUGAGCUGAUCUGCGCAGCAUUGUUUGAUAGUGGAAAUGGUUUAUUUUCGUCAUUUGGCGAAUCGCAACAAGCACUCGUACAUCCGAACAAUAAAAGGCCACCCCACCUCAAGCUAAAACACUUUGAAUUUGCGGGGCGAGUCGUCGGAAAGUGUCUGUACGAGUCAGCACUCGGGGGAUCUUACCGACAACUAGUGAGGGCAAGGUUCACACGAUCCUUCCUUGCACAAAUAAUCGGCCUUCGAGUUCACUAUAAAUAUUUUGAACAGGAUGAUCCUGACUUGUAUCUCAGCAAGAUCAAAUACAUCUUAGAGAAUGAUGUCGAAGAGAUGGAGUUGUAUUUUGUAGAAGAAGAAUAUGACAAAAGUGGUCAAUUAUUGAAGGUGGCUGAGCUAAUCUCGAAUGGAGGCAAGACGCGUGUCACAAACGAAACGAAACUUCGAUAUUUAGACGCGUUGGCGCAGCAUCGUCUGGCCAGUUCUAUACGCGAAGAAGUUGACCACUUUCUUCGUGGUCUCAAUGAGCUCAUUCCCGACAAUCUCCUCGGCAUAUUUGACGAGAACGAACUUGAGCUUCUUCUUUGUGGAACUGGCGAAUACAAUAUAGCCGACUUACGAGCACAUCAUAUAGCUAACGGUGGUUCACCAGAAUUCCUACGAGUUCUCGAUUGGUUCUGGACAGCAGUGAGCAAUUUUACACGUGAAGAAAUGGCCAGGCUUUUGCAGUUUACUACCGGAUGUUCUCAGUUACCGCCUGGUGGAUUUCAACAGCUUAGUCCACGCUUUCAGAUCACAGCAGCACCGACAUUUGCCAAUCUACCUACUGCGCAUACAUGCUUUAAUCAGCUCUGCCUACCUGACUACGAGUGUUACGAUCACUUUGAAAAGGCGCUGCUUUUAGCUAUUAGCGAAGGUACCGAAGGGUUUGGUAUGAUAUAGGGGACGCAAAGUCGUAAAUUUCUAGUCCGUUUCUAGUUCGAAUGGUAGGGGUUGAUAACGAAAUACGUAUUUUGUACCUCGCAACACGUCUCCGUAGAUGAUAGAAAUUAGAUAAAUACUCAAUGCACACAGGGAACGCGCAUUGUUUUUACUAUUGUAACUAUAGGGGAAAGGCAAGUUUCUCAUUGUCCAGCAUAGGUUUAAGCCCUUUAUCUCCCGUUAUACCUUGCCGACGAACUAUUGUUGCAUAGUUUGUCUAAAGGUAGACUAUAGAUGAAGCAAAGUACUCGCUUUAAUAAGCAACCUACAUUCCAUUAUUAAAAAAUGCCUCUGUGAUCGAUUCCGUAAAGGAUAAUACAUAGUUUUAGAAUAUAGAAGCUAUACACGAGUAGGGCGAUGGUAUCAAAAAUUGAUGAAUAAUUUAUUUGUUUAUUUCACUCGGACAUUAAUCAUAUGCAUACUGAGAACAGACGUUUUAAACACGUAUAUGACUUCAUUUUUCUAGUAUAAUCAUCUGGCGUAUUUUAUUGUCUUGGAGACAAUUGGCAUUGUUAUACAUUAGUAUAAUAUUUGAGAUUAAUUACAGUGAUCGCUAUUUAAUAUCGUCACCCGCGAACCGGAAGAAAUUCGUAUCGAUAUUCGGAGUGAUGGAAACUCAAUUAGGUAAUUUCAUAGCUGGGCAUCAAUGACUACCAUUUUUCAACAUUGAAAAUUGUUUACUUCUCAAAUUCGGUAAUCUGCGUGGCCUGCUACUGUACAGUAAAUAAAGCACAGUCGUAUGACUCGUUAUUAGAGACAAAUCGACGCUGGUGUCCACAUCUGCAUAGCUAGAUAUUAUAUAAGGCAGAAAACAAUUCCACGUAUCGUAUUUACAUAAGUACUAUGUACAGUGCAAGAUAUAUAAUAACACAUACCGAGUAUGUAUACAUGUAAAUUUAUUGUCUCCCGGAAAUGCACAAGACCUAGUGUUGUUAUUUGAGUUCAUAUUACUUAUUAGAAUUUUCAUACUCAUAGCUCAAUAAUCAAAAUAGUAAGAAAUUAGUGACUUUAAGAAAUAUGUAUGUAAUAUUAUAUAUGCAUACACAAAAUACAGUGUAGAAUUAUAAAAUAUUGCGACAUUGUAAGUUAGUCACUUGUUGACUAGUGUGUACCAUUUCAUUACUCAACUAUAGCAAAGUUUACCAUACAGAAAUUCAAAACUUACACCUCUUCGACAAAUUGUUAUACAUACUAUAGACAUAUGUAUGUACAUAAUAAAUAAUAUUUGAUAGCAAUGGCUGAACAAUCGUAGCUCAAAGGUAAUAAAUACCUACUAGGUACCAAGGUACUUUAUAGUAUGCAUUUAAUUGAUAAACAGAAUCAUACACUCACCCCUAUUUUCGACUUUUCUUAACCCAAUGGACUGGUUUUGUGACUUUCCAGAAUCGAAUUAAGUAAUCAGAUUAUUAUUACUACUAUUCUGUAUGUGUCGUGGUUUACCAUAACAGUAUUUUUAAUUAAGUAUCAUGAAUUACCUGAUUGUUUGACACAUUUAUGUGUAUUUUUUUUUUCUUCGAAUAAUAACAAUAAGCGGGUGUAUUCAGUUCAUGUAAUACUGCUUUCAUCUCUUCUUUUCAAUAAAUUAUGUACUAAUAUUGUGACGUUAAUAAUAAUGAAUAAAGAUUUCCUUUCUUGUUAACGUAUAUGAUCAAAUUCUCUUGAUGAAACGCUUAUAGGCAGUGUAUGAAUAUGUAUCUUCAUUUGCAUUGCCAGAAUUAUAGGAGAUAGGGGGACUGAAAUAGAAACGGUAAUGUUGUAUUUACACAAUUUAUUUUAUAUCAACAUCAUAUUAUAAUCGUACUCAUCGAGUCACAAAGACGGCAAAAGUAACGCUACAAUAAUAAUAAUAAGGGAAAAGGGAUUAUUAAGGUAAGAAAACAGAUCAAAAUACACAGAGUGUAAACUUACAGAUGAGUAAUAAAAAAAAGUCAAUUGAU